GCAACUGCUCAUCCACAACCUCCGCAGCCACAAUAUAUCCUCCUCCUCUUAUUUUUCAUCUUCUCUUUUUCACCUCGUGCUUCACAUUGCAGGCGAUGAAGAAGCUUUUCACCCGCGACAAGGGUAAGGCCAAACUCGCGCCAUCAGACAUCGGGUCCGGCACACCCACAGAGCAUCAUUUCAAUGGAUUACAUGCAAAUCACCGUCAUGAUCGUUCCCAGUCGAGCACCCCCCAGCCUGAUGACCACUGGAGCAUCGUAGACUCGGACGCCCAGUCAUACACCGUCCGGUCGGUCAUCUCUCCCGUAGGCUCUUCGCCACCACUCCCCACGUCCACCCCGCAGUUUGUAUCUCAGAGUAACGUACCACCACCUUCGGCGGUCCCUCCCGCCUCCUCUUCGCCUCCGCCAAAGGGCGCCCAGCGCGAGCGCGAUCGUGAGCGCGAGCCGCUGCUGCGUAAGCGACCGACCAACGGGCACAGUGCCUUCGCAGCCGUCGGCAUACUAAAGGCACUCGACCCUCAUGUAGACCAGGCGCAUCCGUCCGAACCGUCGGAGGAUGGCACAAUGGAGCACUCGUCCCGCGAGGAGAAGAAGGAACGCAGGUUCUGGGAGCGUAGCAAGGAUAAGGACAAAGAACGCGGGAGCAAACAGGAGGACGCACAUGCGGAGCUCACUAGGAUGAUCGGCUACCUCACUGCGACCGCGUCUGAGGACUGGUCGCUUGUGCUGGAGGUCUGUGAGCGUGCCUCCGCUAACGAGUCCAGUGCAAAGGAGGCGGCCAAAGCUCUUCGACGGGAGUUCAAGUAUGCGGAACCUGCUGCGCAGCUCUCUGCCGCACGGCUAUGGGCAAUUAUGCUGCGGAAUGCGUCCGAGUUGUUUAUCACGCAGUGUUGCUCGCGCAAGUUUCUUGACACGCUCGAGGACGUCAUCACCUCACAACGGACACCUCCUGUCGUACGCGAACGGUUGCUCGACGUUCUCGCUGCUGCAUCAUAUGCGAGCACGCAGGGCAGCAAAGAACAUGCUUUCCGGCACUUAUGGAAGAAAGUCAAACCGGCAGAUAAGCCGGAAGAGGGAAUACCCUUCGACACGGGCGACGCGAUGUUCUAUCCACCGAUACUACGGCAUUCGCAACAAUCUCUACCUCCUGGGGCUGAGCCACAGCCCAGUCCGCUCCAGCGUCCACCACCGAUAGUAAUGUCACCAAAGCCUAGAUCAUCUCCACGACAACGCGUGAUACCAAUAGAAGAAGACAUACGGCGGCUGUUCCAAGAGUGUAAUGUCGGGCGUGGAAAUGCGUCUUUGCUUUCAGAGUCCCUCGCAUUCGCAAAACCGGAAGAUCUCAAGGAGAAGGAUAUCAUCCGGGAAUUCUAUGCACGCUGUCGUGCAUCACAGGAGCUCAUCUCUGCCCAGAUCCCAUGGGCAUUUGCUGGCGCCGAGCGCUCACGACAAGCCUCGGGUCGGCGCGAGCGUCCGGUGCGCCCAUCAUUCGAUUCAGGGCGUACGCGCACCGAUUCAGUCGUGUCGCACCCCGAGUCAGAGGCGGGCAGCGGCGAGCUGACGCAAGAAGAGCAGCUACUCGCAGCGCUGCUAGCUGCGAAUGAGGAGCUGAUGUCGGCGCUGCGGCAGUACGACGACCUGGAACGCGUCGGAAUCGAGCGUGAGGCGGAGGAGCGGAGUAAGAAGGAGACAAGGAUGAACCGGAGUCAACUCCGAUAUGAAGACGUGGACCACUCAUUCCUGGAGCCGGGGUAUCCGAAUCAUGGCGCGGGCUCGUCUUCAAGGAGUCCGUCGCCGUCCUCGCCGUCGCUGUCGCCGAAUCCAUCAUUCGUGCUCACGCCUGUCGUGCCUUCGCAAGCGCAUCCGUUACCACCCAUACCCACACACACCACGGCGAAUGCGACGCACCCGUCGUUGCCGCCACAUCACCACCCGCUGCCGAUCGUACAGCAAAUCUCCAUACAGUCGCUCGCGCCCCCACCACAUGCGCCGCUUGGGCCGCGGUCGCCCGGGCACAAUCCGAAUCGUUCGCGGACACCCUCACCCGAUCGACACGAGCAUCGAGAUUCGCAUCAUCAUGAGCACUGGCAUCAUGAGCAUCGGCUGUGGCCGCGCCGAUCCGUGGACAGCACGGCAAGUAUUAUUACGCACGAUAUGAGCCGGAUGCGGGUGCAGGAGCAUCAGGGAGGGGCGAUCGGUGAGGAGGAGGCGCCGGAGAUGCCCGUGCGGCCGAGUGCAAAGGCGCUGGGAAAGCGGAAGGUGGUGGAGCCUGUUGAUCCUGAUCCAUUCGACCCGGACGAUCUCUUCUAUGACCAUACAGAAGAAUCGAUACGCCAGAAUGACGACGGACUGGACUCGGAUUCCGAUUCGGGCCACUAUCGCGGGUGGAACCAGCCGGUGCAAUAUGUUUACGAUGCGGCGGCGGAACUGAUGGAACAGCGUUUGAAGGAGGGAAGGCUCGCGCAGGCGGCUGUCACGCCUGCUCUUGUGCACUAGAGGUCAGAAAAGCUGUUGGCGUAGGCGCCGGGAGAGGUGCGGCGUGGGCGAGCCUAUACACUGUCCCUGUCCCGGGGUCCAAGGGCGCAGUCUGCAUCAGUUGGAUGCUGCCGCUGGUGCUGUGGGUCGGAUCGGUCUGUCGCGUGAGCGAAUUGGGCCUGCGUGUACUAUAGCCGGAAAU